UUCUGUGUACUUCCUGUUUGCAGAGGAACCGUUUGUUCCUGAGAGUCGGUGCGGGCCAGGAGAGAAACUGCAGGACUCUAAAUGUGUCUGCAUUCAAAGAGAGAGCUGCCUUUCACAACCCGAGACUCUGUGUAUCCUGAACAUUGACCUCGGUGUUACCGUGGCGAUGUCCCUCUGCUCCUUCCAUGCCGGUCGUUGCCACAGCGAUCCGCUCUUCUUCGUCAGCGAGGGGUCAUGUGACGAGGUGGAUGCAGCUAAACUGGAGUGGGCCAACUUCAGAGCCAACAUGUCCUCCAAGAGCUCGGCUCAGGAGCCCUGUAACCUCGACACGUGUUAUGAAUGGGAGACCUGCUCUGCAUUAAAGAAGUGUGCCUGCAAAGCUGCUCGGGACUGCCCCAGAAGUGAAGCCAACAUGUUCUGUGUGAAGCUGACCCGGACCCAGAGAACUCGCAGCAUGGACCUGUGCUCCAUGGCCGCCCUCAAAUGCAUCAACUAUCAGUUUGAGAUUCUCAAUGAAGGCGUCUGUGAGUCCAGAUGAUCCUUCAUGUGCUUUUCUAUGAAUCCAUCUAAACAUCUGACUGUAUUGUCAUAAGCAUAUCUUGCACAAUGUUAUUAUGUUACUCAUACACUUAUACAACUGGAAUGGCAAGCAAGUAUACUUGGGUUCAAAGAUCAAGAGUAAGUAACCCCAACCAACCCUAACCCUUAUCAAAGGCACACCUAACUGCUCCAAAUGGAAAGCAAAUAACGUUGCUAAAUUGAGAACAAUUGUAAAUUAUGGAAGUAAUCAUUCUAAGUAUAUUUUGAAUAGAAGAUUUGUUUUUUUAUAGGUCAAUGAAUCCAAGAUGGUGCUUCCAUAAAAUCCAGAAGUUUAUGAUAUCAACCUUAUGUCAAUUAGAAUGAUUGUGUAAAAACGACAUCUCUGAUUGGUUGAACUUGCGUUACCAUGGAAAUGUUUAGUGAGGGAACAUGUCAACAGCGUCUCCUCCAAUGUAUUUCUGAAAAAAGUUGUGGCGAAACAAGCCAUGCAGUUGCCAACGGUUAUUUUAAAAUGUUAUAGUUCCAGGUUCACAUUCACAAUGGUUUAUCUCAUAUAAUAGUAUAGUGUUUCCUAGAAUCCAAUGUGUUAUAGUAAUUAGGUCCAUGCUUAAUAUUCAAUGCAAAGGCCUUUCCAUAUCCAUUUGCACAUAUCAACUCUGGCCAAGGCAUAAAGCGUAUUUGAGGCUUUCAUACAGCUUUUCUUAUGCGAUACUUCAAAAUGUGCAUUAAAGUUGUGAAUGGAAACAA